AUGGACUCGACUACGCAAACAACUAUCCCUGUCGUCGAUUUUGCCAAGUGGAGCCUGAGCGGGUCUGCUCGCCAGCGAGUAGCGCAGAAUAUCGUCGACGCUUGCAAGAAGGUGGGGUUCGUGUACAUCGUCAACCACUCGCUGCCCGAGCAACUUCUGGACGAGGCCUUCGACUGGUCCCGCAGAUUCUUCGACUUGCCGCAAGAUGAGAAGCUCAAAGCGCCUCAUCCUGAGGGAUGGGCUGUUCACAGAGGCUAUUCCUGGCCCGGCCUGGAGAAGGUGUCGCAGGCGAUCAGCCAAGACAGUGAUCAGAAGCGGGCUGAGCAGCUGAGAGAAGUUCCCGACGUCAAGGAAAGUUAUGAUAUCGGGAGCGAGAACAACCCCACGCAACCAAAUCAGUGGAUACCAGAAGAAUCCCUUCCUGAUUUCCGUGCUUUCAUGACACAAUUUUACUGGGAGUGUUUCCGUGUGGGAGGUGAGAUCUUACAGGCUCUUGCCAUUGGCUUGGAUCUGGACGAUAACCAUCUGCUGUUGAAGCAUUCGGGGAACAAUAACCAGCUGCGUCUCUUGCACUACCCGCCCAUUCCAGCAGAAGCACUCGAGAGUCACCGUGCGGCGAGAUGUCCCGCUCAUACUGAUUGGAGCUCGAUCACCCUACUCUUCCAGGACGACUGCGGUGGCCUGGAAGUCGAGGACGUGAACAGGCCAGGCUCGUUUGUCCCAGCGACCCCAAUCAAAAAUGCCAUUGUCAUGAACGUGGGUGACCUUUUGCAAAGAUGGAGCAACGAUCAUCUCCGCUCUACCAGCCAUAGAGUUACUCUGCCACCGCUAUCUGAUAGGUUUGAGGGAGAACAACGGGUGACCCGCAGACGCUUCUCUAUUCCGUACUUUCUGGCACCGGAUCCGGAUUCUAUGAUCGAGUGUAUUCCGUCUUGCAUGGGUGCUGAUGAACCAGCCAAGUAUGAGCCAAUUACGCAGGCUGGAUACAAUCAGAUGCGUGCUUCCAUGCAGUACUAA